UACUUAUAUCACUCUUCAUUCUUCAACGUGAAGUCCACCAUUUCCCAUCCGAUUCUUGUUGUUGAUUUCUGUAGCCCAAAACCAUCAAAAUAAGCAACCUUGUACCAAUUUAUCUCUCUGUUUCCAUUCUCAAUCUAACGAAAGGCUUGAAGCUGACAGAGCUAUUAACUCAAAGGCAAUCGUGAAAGACAGCAAGCCAAUUGACAUGGAGGUUGUUGAGACUUGUGAAAAAAGAUCUCAAGCUCCUGCAGAGCUUCUACCCAACGUAGUUUUCCAUCAAUUGAUGAUGAAGUUGUGGGUUUUGCGAAAGAUGCAGAGUAUAUAAUGAAGAAAUUGACUGGAGGAUCAAAGGAGCUCGACGUUAUCUCAAUCUUUGGAAUGGCCGGACUUGGUAAAACAACAUUGGCAAGGAAAGUGUACAACAAUACCUCUAUUAUUAAUCACUUUGAUGUUAAAGCAUGGUGUACUGCUUCACAAACAUAUAACAUGAGGACAUUGUUGGUUGAUAUUCUUGAACAAGCUACAAAUAAGGAGUGGAAAAUCAAAGAGGACUUCGACAUAGCUGACAAGUUGCAGAAGACUCUAAAAGGCAGGAGAUACCUCAUUGUCUUAGAUGAUAUAUGGAAAGUUGAGGCGUGGGAAGACCUAGGAUUAUGUUUCCCUAAAGGUGAAUAUGGAAGUAGAGUAAUGGUAACAACUCGAAUUGAAGAAGUGGCUAAGCAUCUUCAACACCACAGUGAUCCUUAUUCUCUUAGAUUUCUAACACUGGAAGAGAGUUGAGAAUUAUUGCAGAAAGAGUGUUUCAAGGAGAGAGUUGUCCCUUGGAUCUAUGGGAAAAAGUCAGGUGUCAUGCGGAAGCUAGUAAAGCAAACUUUGAGUGACGAUAAAUCCAACAACAAAAGGAGAAA